AUGGCUCGAGCACAACCACCAGAAGAUAAUGGAGAUAGAAUCCUCGACCUCGAGGAAUUCGACUUCGGAGACAUCAAAAUGGCGGGUGGAAAGAAAUCUGGAAGGACGUUGAUGCGGGAAGAAGGUUUGGAACGAACAGACAAUGGAUUGAAGCAAACAAGCUGGCCAGAAGCCGUCCCAAUUAAUCAGAAGAAUUAUUAUACAGAGUUCGGAAAGCGCGACGAUCAAUUGCUUGCAUCACGUCUACAGAACGAAGCAAAUCAAGAAAAACUCAUACGCGAUGCCAAAAAUAAAGACAGAGCUCUUGCGCGCACAGGAACCGCUGACGUACCACUACCUAUGGAUGAAGACGAAUCGGAGGAUACAGAUGUUACGGAUGAAUUGGCCGCUUCAAAGACGAUCGUUAUCCACCCUGGAAGUCAAAAUUUGCGCAUAGGUUUAGCCAGUGAUGCCCUUCCAAAGACAGUCAUAAUGGCAAUCGCCGAAAAAUUCCCCAUCACAGAAUCUCAAGAAUACGAACCUCGUCCAAAGCGACAGAAUCCUGAGCUUCCUCCAGAGCAGCAAUUUGGAGAAGAAUGGUCAAAGAAAUAUAAUAAACAGUGUGCCGAUCUGAAGGUAGAUAUGCGUGCAAAUAGGCGCAAAGUAUUACCCAACUCAAAAGAGUUGGUUGUUAAUUACAAUCGACGUAUUGAACCAGAAAAGAUUCCAGAACACAAUGAUCCACUUCGUAUGGAAUGGACGGAUAUUGCAAAAGGAUCUAUAAAAGCUGUUACAGGCCCCGAUGCACAGCGCAUAGCAGACAACUCCGAACCACCAUAUAAACUUUUCUGGCCUAUGCAAUCUGGUUUGUUCCAUGAGGAUGAUUAUUACAUCCGCGAAGCGAUGUUCAAUGAUUUCGAGACAAUCAUUGAGCAGGCCAUAAAAAGAGACCUUGGUCUUAAGAGAACCAGUGAAUGGACACAAUACAGCUGUAUAAUGGUGGUGCCGGAUCUCUAUGACAAGAAAUACCUGGAGCAAAUGUUAGAUAUGUGUCUUAGGGGCUUUGAGUUCAAACAAGUCGCCUUCAUUCAAGAAAGUCAUGCCGCUACAUUUGGAGCUGGUUAUACAAGUGCUUGUGUAGUUGAUGUUGGGGCACAAAAAACAUCAAUUUGCUGUGUUGAGGAUGGUAUGUGCAUAGAGGAUUCUCGCGUUAACCUCAAAUAUGGAGGAUAUGAUGUUACUGAAACAUUCAUCAAAAUGAUGCUCUAUGAUCACUUUCCGUAUGCCGACAUAAAUCUUAAGCGACGAUACGACUUUCUUCUCGCAGAGGAACUGAAGAUCAAAUACUGCACUAUGAAUCAGGCUGAGAUAUCCGUUCAACUUUACAAUUUUCACCUUCGCGCACCAAAUCAACCUACUCACAAAUAUGGCUUUAAAACAUAUGAUGAGGUUAUCCUUGCUCCUAUGGGCUUUUACGAUCCUUCAGUCUUUGAUAAUAGUGAUAAAUUGAAGGGUCGUCGCAAGCUCCUGGAUCGAUCAUACAAUGCUUAUGAUGUCGACACUCCGGAUGAUCCCACAUCUUCAGCUCAGCUUGCAAUCCUGGCAGCUAUCAAACCCUCUAUUGCAACAAAUGCAAAUGGAUACAAUCCUAACACAUCCAACGGGAUGGCUGACAUGUCUUUCUCUACACCUCAAAAAGAGAAGCCGAACCCUUUCAACUUACUCCGUAUGGACACAGACAAUCCUGUACAUUCUAGCGUGACUUCCGCUGCCGCGUCACCUGCUCCAGAAGGUGCAAAUACUCCUGUCCCUGUUCCGUUUGUCUUUGGAGGUAACGGAACAACCGCCGGCUCUCCCGGUCCCACAAACGGCAUGAAUGGUAGUCACAGUGGUAAUACACCUAUACCCCCAGCAGGUAUGUUUGUCGAUAUUCAUGCCCGUACUGCUAAGGAUCUCGCUAUUGAACGCGACUCCGUUUUGCCGGUCGCUCCCUUAGACACUGCUAUCAUAACGUCUAUCACCCACGCAGCCAAGCAUGAUGAUAAAAAAGCUCGUGAUUUCUAUGGUGGCAUCAUGUUAAUCGGUGGAGGUGCGAAAACUCCUGGAUUUGGACCUUUCCUUGAAGAUAAACUCAGGAAGAAGAGACCAGAUCUCGCAGAAAGGAUUUUGGUGGGAACUAGUCCUAGGGAAAUGGAUGGUCAGGUGGUGGUUUGGAAGGGAGCAAGUGUUUUUGCUAGAAUGAAGAUGCAUGAGAGUUGGAUCGGACAAAAAGAAUUUGAAAUGUUGGGUGCCAGGGUAUUAAGCCAAAAGAUUCUUUGGCAUUACUAA